AUGGACGUGAUAGUGAUAGGAUGUGGGGCUUCGGGCGUAGCGGCGCUGCGCAAGCUUCACGACGCAGGCCUCAAGGUGCUGGGCCUCGAAGCUGAAGAUCGCAUCGGUGGCAGAAUACGCACGGUCCAGUUCGGCGAGAGCUGCCUGGACAUAGGUGCCGCUUGGUGUCACGGAGAAAAGGACAACGUCGUGUUCGAACUGGCAAACCCAUUGGGUCUGCUCGGAAGACCCGAUAACCCGGACAACAAAUGGUUCGUUCUUUCAAACGGAGACCUAGUUGAGGAGGGAAGAGCGGAAACGCUAAUCGACGCUCUCAACCAAGAGGUCGGGAAAGCGGAAAAGAAGAACAAGAAAUCGAUCAGCGAAUGCGUUCGAGCCGCCGCUGACACCAACGCUACCUUGAAAAAAGAGCCACAGCUCUCGAAAUACUUCGUCGAGUGGUUCGAGAAGAACAGCCACGUGGGAGGUCAGACUGACCCGCGCGAGGGCAAAUCGUUGCGGGGUCUGGAGGAGUGCUGGGGCUGCGAGGGAGAGUUUAUGCUCAACUGGAAGGGGAGAGGCUACAAGACAAUACUGGACGUCUUACUCAACAAAUACCCUGAUCCCGCCAAGGAAAUACCGGUGAAGAUUCUGCUGAAGAAGGAGGUGGACAGCAUAAAAUGGCGGACAAGCCAGCCCGGUCACGAAUCGGGAAACCCGCUGGUGCACGUGAAAUGCAAGGACGGUAGCCUGUACGCAGCCAAAAGCGUUAUCGUCACCGUUUCAGUGGGAGUGUUGAAGGAAAGGCACAACCAACUCUUCGAUCCGCCGUUGCCACCAGAAAAGACCGUAGCAAUUAACAGCCUCCAGCUGUGCGUCCUGGACAAAAUCUACAUCGAGUUCACCAAGCCCUGGUGGCCCAAAUCGCCUGCAAACUUCACGCUUCUCUGGCGGGACGAGGACAAAGCAGGAUUCUCCGCCGACGAGAGAUGGGUCACCGAGAUCCCUAGCCUGAUCACUGUGGAGCACCAGCCGAAUCUACUCCUCGCCUGGAUAUACGGGACCGGGGCCCAGGAAAUGGAGAGACGCAGCUCGGAGCAGGUGAAAGCCGGCAUUGAGAAGCUGAUGGCGAUUUUGAAGAGGCGCUUCGAAGUUACUCCAGUUAAGGAUGUCAUUAGGUCGCAAUGGGCCGCGAACCCGUUCGCCAGGGGCGCCUACUCGUACCGUAGCGUUAUGACCGAAGAAGAGGCAGGGGACGCGGUGGCGCUCAGCGAGCCGCUUUACCGCCGCGACGGGUUCCCGGUGGUCUGCUUCGGCGGCGAGGCGACCUCCCACCGCCGCCACUCGGCGGUGCACGGCGCCGUGGAGGCCGGCUUCAGGGAGGCCGACCGGCUGAUCGCCAUCUUGAAAAAG